GGAGAGGGCCGGAAAGCAUUUAUAUAAAUCUAAGUGCUGUUGCUAAUUAAUAGCAGAAGGAUUUGUGGGGCAGAAGGGGAAAAAGGUCUUUUAAGUCUCAUUCUGAAAUUACUUGUUUACAUUACCUCUUCUCCCCCCCACCACCACUUCUUUUAGCAGAUGCUGGCUCACGUCCAGCCGCCUAUAACUUGUCGCGGAGCAGUCCGAAGCCCAACCGGUGAAACCUAGUCUCAGGCCUCUUUUGGCAAGUCCUGACGCCUGAUCCACCCGGUUCCAAGCAGCGACCGAGGAACUCCCCGCGACUGGAAGCCAGGAGGCUGGCGCUGCCGAGCAGGGCGUGCGCUAGGACCCGGUUUCGCCUCCCCGAGCCGGAGCAGACACACCUGUUUUCCCGGCUCCGGAUCAAGCCGAGCGAGCGGGCGGACGGAGGAGUGCGUGGCCGUCCGGGCUCCGCUCGCAAGCAGCUGCCGCUCGCGCCCCGCCGGGGUCGGCAAGGAGGAGCCCGCGGGCUCCGGGUCUCGAAGAGGAGCCGCCCGCCCUCCACGGAGACGCGAGACGCGGAGCUUCCCACGGGGGCUUGCGUGGAUUUGACCACCCCAGAGCCGGAGAUUAGCGGAGGGGGGGGGAACCGGCCCCGGGGGGCUCGGCGCUCGCUUCCCCUUGCUUGAGCUGCUCUCGCCUUGCCCCGCCGCCCUUCCCAGCGCUCGGGACUAGCCGCGGACUCAGUCUUGCCUUUCCUCCGCCUGUGAAAUGGACGCGUUUGCAAAGCCCGAGCUUGCCGGCGCCUACGCUUUGCUGGGGCGCUUCGUUGGCCCCGCCGGCCGUUUCCCCAUCAGCUGCCUGGGCUCCCCUUUGAAAAGUGGCUGAAGGGGACAAGGGAGGGGGAGCAGGUGGAUGUCUCAGUUGCAACGGGAGGGUCCUUUGUGGGUUUUCUUUUUGGGUGCGGGGUUUGAACCGCCCCGGGCUGGAGCAGCUGCGGGAGGCAUGGGCCGUGCGAAAGUGGCGGCGGAGGCGGAUUCUUCGGUGGAAGAAUGCUCCGACCACGUCUCCCGUGGAAGGAGCCCAAACCGUCCCCGCAAGCUUUUGCGCAGAGUGGCCUCGCAGGCGGUGACCAGGACUAACCCGCCGCUGGGCAUCAUCUUCACCACCCUCCUGUACUGCGGGGAGCUGGCCUCGGCCUGCGUGGUGACCGCCUCCUACAGCCGCUCCAACGACCAGUUCUGGAUGGUCCUGACGCUGCUCUUGAUGCUCCUCUCCUCCGUCAUGGUCCAGCUGACCCUCAUCUUCGUCAACCGGGACUUGACCAGCGACAAGCCCUUCAUCCUCUUCAUGCACCUGGUGCUCCUGGGACCCCCCAUCAGAUGUUUGGAGUGCAUAGUGAUGUUUUACCACCAGGGCCGGGAGGAGGAGCCUUACGUCACCAUCACCCGCAAGAAGCAUAUUCACAGCGACUGCGAGAUCGAGAUCGAGCAGGAAGUGGGGCACCUGGUGCGCCGGCUGGCCACUCACCGCAAUGCUUUCAAGCGCAUGGCGGUCAUUCAGGCCUUCCUGGGCUCCACCCCACAGCUCACCCUACAGCUUUAUGUCACUAUAGUAGAGCAGUACCUGCCCCCCAGCAGAGCUGUGCUGAUGAGCAUGUGCUUACUCUCAGUCACGUACGGCGCUUUGGUCUGCAACACCCUGGCCAUCCAGAUCAAGUACGAUGACUACAAGAUCCACCUCCACCCCUUGGCCUUCAUCUGCAUCAUCUUAUGGAGGAGCUUGGAGAUCUCCACCCGCAUCACCAUCUUGGUCCUCUUUGGGACCGUCUUCAAGUACUAUGGCUUGGCCGUCGGGGCGGCCAACUUCUUGGUCUUCUUCUUCUUACCGUGGAUUGAGUUUUGGAGAAGCGGGGCCAAACUGCCCGAGAAUGUGGAGAAAAACUUCAGCCGGGUGGGAACUUUGACUGUCCUGAUCUGCAUCACUGUGCUCUACGGUGGCAUCAAUGUCUUCUGUUGGUCAGCUGUCCAGCUCAGGUUGUCCAGGCGAGACCUGAUUGUCCGCUCCCAAAACUGGGGCUGUUUAGUUUUAUUCUAUGUGUUCCGCGGACUGGAGAACAGCCUGCUGCUCCUGGUUUGGUACUUCUUCAAGGAGGACUUCUACGAGUACGUCUGCACUCCCAUGCUUGUGCUGCAGCUGCUGGUGGCCUACUGUCUGGCCAUUGUCUUCAUGCUUUCUUUCAUGCAGUACCUGCAUCCCUGCCGCCGCCUCUUCACGCACAACGUCUCGGACUUCUUGCAUUGCAUCUGUUGCCAGAAGGAACACGUUGCCGUUGCGGUCGAUUUGGAGACACCUCAUGAACCUGGUGUGAGGCACAGCAUCGUAUGACAAUCGACACCCGGCUGAUGGGGUGUUGAUGAACCCCCAUCCGGUGUCAAGUUUCAGCAGUUGUACCUGUUCUCCCCCAUUGGGAUUCGCCUUAAUUUCACGGUGCUACGCUAUAAUUUAUAAGCAGGAACGCAGGCAAUUGUGGUGGGGAUGUCUUCCUCAGCAUCAGAUGGACUUAAGACGGUGGGCUGGAAGGAUACCCUUUGCUGCUGUUGGUGCAGGACUAGGGCAAUCAGCAUUGGGGACAGCAGGAGAAGACUUGACACAUAGUAUGAAAGAGGAACUUUAGUUGAUGGGGCAAAUCACCAAUGAAGGAUGGUUUUUGCUCUUCUAGGUGCCAGAAGUCUAGCACUGGAACUGCCUUGGCUGUGCUCAUUUCCAGAAAUGGAACUGAAGGACACUCAGCUGGCUCAGGACUAUUGUAAGAAGAAGCUUUGCAGAAGAGACUGUCUCACUGUCUGUGUGACCCUGCACAGUUGUGUAAAGCUUCAAAGUGACUUCCCCAAUUGUUCCUUUUAUUUAUUUGAAAACUUGUGAAGACUUUGUUUUUUGUAAUUUGAAGUGCUGGAAAAGAUGCUGUCGUGGAUAGCAACCGAGUCUCAAAAUUUGUUUGGGUUCCUGCAGUUCCAUUUAUGGUCCUGGGGUCUGAAAGCUCAGGAUGAUGAGUCUCCCAGGGAGCCCCAUUGAUGGAGCUUUGGAUUUCUUGGCUCCACAUCUUCAGGGGUGCCGCAACAGAUUGGCCUUCCCAACUGCUCUGGAAGGAGCGAGAUAGUGGCCAACUGCUACAUUAGUGGCAUUCUUCAAGGGAGAAAGAGCUGAGGUUGAAUGCGUUGAGCUUGUGAUGGGAAACUGGACCAUUCCACAUCCAAGUUCUGGUUCUAGGAGGUGAUCAGCUCAUCAUAGUUUGGGCUCUUACCUGGGGAGGUAAGCCUUUCCCAAUCACUUGGCUGGGUCCUAUGCAAAGAUAUACUUUAAAAAACCCAUUAUGUUGAAAUGCUCAGGACUACCAACCCAAUUUGGCCUCCCAAAACACUUCCCACUGUAUGCAAUGCAAGGCUGUUUCUGAACACAAGCUCAUCCAGUAGGUGAAUCUUCAGUCGAAAUGCUUGUGAGGAAUACGGGUUGACAUGUCGAGUUACAUUUACUUGACUUCCAACAAUUGUCUUGCAUGAACUGAUUUCUCCUUGUAUCUUUCCUCUAUGGAGCUAAUGCAAGGAUAUUCAAACUUGGCAACAUUCAGACCUGGAGACUGCAACUCUCUGAGGAAUUCUGGAAGUUGAAGUCCACAAGUCUUAAAAAGUUACCAUGUUUGGAGACCCCCUUAGCUAACAGAUACCCCAGACUGAGUUAAAGGAUCACUUUUAUGUGGGAUUUUGGUGCCCUUUGGUGGAAAGUUUGAUCUGUCACCAUCCUUCCUCUUCAUGGUUCUUUCUGUCCCAAGGAGCAGGGUGAACAAGACCUUCAGAAGUAAUAAUUCAGAAAGAAAGAAAAAAUGGAAGAGGAUGAUGGAGGUGAGGAGUCAACAGACAAUACGAACAGCACUCUGAUUGAAUGAUAGCCACUGCCUCAUAACACCCAUAAUGCACUGCUGUAUGGCUAUAAGCCUAUGACCACCUAAUGUUGAUUGGUGUCAGAAAAAAACAAACAGAUCCAAAACCCUGAAUCCCAUAAUAACCAGAGGAAGAUACACAACUGAUGCUAAGCCCAAGAGUAGGGGCAACACAGUAUACUACAACUGUCUUUUGGUGCUACAUCAAGAUGGUCACUCUGGAGCACUUUGGAUGUUCUCACUUGUAUAGUGAUUCCCAAGCCAGCCUUUUCCCAGCUCCCCAGAUAUCAUCCUUUGUGACUUUUACCCUCAACAGCCAAUAUGUGGAGGUUAGAGAAGGCCACCUUUGAUUGAUAAGGAGAUUCCCAUUAGUAUCCCUUACACCAGUGACGGCGAACCUUUUCAGCACUGAGUGCCAAAAAGGGAGCAUUUAGUGCUCAUCUGGAAAGACCAGGAAAAGGAAUUGCCCAGGGGGCAUGCAUGUGCCGGAAAAUGUACUUCUGGUUUCCGGCGCACGCAUGCACAUUGACCAGCAAGUCUUCCGGUUACUGCCAUGCAUGCACACGAGCUGGUCAGCUGACUGGCAUGAAAACGGAAGGCCUGCUCUUCCGGUUUCAGGCACUGCCGCACGUACGAAGGGCAGCUGAUCGUCUUGUGUGCAUGCAUGCCAGAAACCCGGAAGAGGAACCGGUGAUGUUGGCUCGUGCCAUGCGACAUGGCUCUGCAUGCCACUUCGGGCACACGUGCCAUAGGUUUGCCAUCAUGGCCUUAGUCCCUGUCCAUCUUCUUACUUUUUUGCCUGUUCUCGACUGCGAAUAGGAAGGAAAACAAACAAAACAGUCCUCUAAAUAGCCCGGUUUGAAUCUGUGUAUUUGUUAAAUCCUCAUUUGCGUUUGUGUUGUCCGUUAAACCCUCACUGCUUGCGUAUUGUCUGCAACCGAGGCAUUCGUUCCUUCCUGAGAUCGAGACCUCUCCCCUGAAAUAAACCCGACCUCAGGGGAGCAUUCAGACGGAGCCUUCCUCCGCUUCAUGUUGAACAGGAGUUUGUCUGUCAGCAAUGCAGCGUAACGCCAACGCUGCAUAUACUAGCCGACCCGACCCUUGGGGAGAGAGUUUCACCUGCUGCAGUUGGCUUUCUGAGGACAGCUUAACCUAGCCAACAGCUGAGCCAGCGAAGAAUCAUCACCUACCUCAAGGAGAGAUUCCACCACUGCCUUUUCGCCUGGGAUUAAACCAGGUGUCCAGAUCAGGUUUUGGGACCAGGCAAUCUUAAGGCUAGAGGCACAACUUGUUUUCCCUGAUUCUCCCUUUUUUUGUUUAAUGCAUAAUUUCCUGCAGGGUGGCCAUUGUGGCCAGGAACUUCCCAAUAAGUGAUUUUUCAUGACUGGUGGUUUUCGUUCAAAAGUUUUAUUUCUUUUCAAACAAACAUUUCAUCAUUCCUCAAUCAGUAAGACAUCGGAGUA